AUGGACGUGGACGUGUUCGUGGAUGUGGACGUGGACGUGGACGUGGUCGUGGACGUGGACGUAGACGUGUACGUGGACGUGGUCGUGGACGUGGACGUGGACGUGGACCUGGACGUGGACGUGGACGUGGACGUGGUUGUGGACGUGGACGUGGAUUUGGACGUGGACGUGGACUUGGACGUGGACGUGGACGUGGACGUGGUCCUGGACGUGGACGUGGACGUGGACGUGGACUUGGACGUGGAUGUGGACGUGGACGUUGACGUGGACGUGGAGGACGUGGACGUGGACGUGGACGUGGCAAGACGUGGACCUGGACGUGGUCGUGGACGUGGAUGUGGACGUGGACGUGAGGACGUGGACGUGGACGUGGACGUGGACGUGGUCGUGGACAUGGACUUGGACUUGGACGUGGACGUGGAUGUGGACGUGGACGUGGACCUGGACCUGGACGUGUACCUGGACUUGGACGUGGACUUGGACGUGGACGUGGACGUGUCGUGGACGUGGACGUGGACCUGGACGUGGACGUGGACUGACGUGGUCGUGGACGUGGACGUGGACGUGGACGUGGAGGACGUAGACGUGGACGUGGAUGUGGCAAGGACGUGGACCUGGACGUGGUCGUGGACGUGGACGUGGACGUGGAGGACGUGGACGUGGACUGACGUGGACCUGGACGUGGACCUGGACAUGUACGUGGACGUGGACCUGGACGUGGACGUAGACGUGGACGUGGACGUGGACGUGGACCUGGACGUGGACUUGGACGUGGACUUGGACGUGGACUGGACGUGGACAUGGACGUGA